AUGGAGCUUGCUACUCAGUAUUUUCCUCCCCUUUCUUCACCCUCUUCUAAGGGACAACCUUUUGUGCUUCAUUCUGGUUCCUAUGCGGAUAAUGUUUCAACUCCAGCUGUUAAGUCGACCAACUUCCCCGUCUCCUUCGUCUCCCCAACUCCGAAGCUUUCCUUUAGAGGCAAUGAUCUUUUGGAAGGUGCUAAUUUCUGGAACCUUUCGUUGGUGGGUUACUCAAUUGGCCCUCGCCCCUACUACGAACAACUGCUUUCGGCUAUGAAAAAGGUUUGGAGCAUCAAAGAUUUGGAAAUAGUGUGGAAUGGGGGGCCCUGGUUUUUGUUGGGGAAGCCAUUCAUCUUGCAGCGCUGGUCCCUAAAGUUUAAGCCGGUUAGGGAUGAAAAUGCCACUAUACCCAUCUGGAUAAAAACUAUGGAUUUACCUUUGGCGCUGUGGACACCUUUAGGGAUCUCCCGGAUUGCUAGUUUCAUCGGGGUUCCGAUUUCUGUUGACACGCUCACUGCCAAUCAUACCAGACUCACCUUUUCUAGGUCGCCUGCUGUGCUCCCCAACUCUACUAAAGACCUUUCAUUACCCAAUUUAAACCUUCCUAUGGAUGUUGCUUCCUCGUCGGAGCAGUCUACUCCACCUUCCUCUAUCCCCCCUCCUAAAAUCCCUACUGCAAAUAAGUUUGAUUCCCUUCAAGCUUAUGAUGCUGAGCUUCCUCCUCUUGAUUACCCUCCUGGAAACGAUGAUACUGCUGAUGCAGAGCUCCCCUCUUCUUCUACGACUCAAAUCUCAACGGAUUGUUCUUCUUCAGACCGUCUUCAUAAUUCUAAAGUCAAAUCCAAAUCCCCCAAAGAAGUCAAAAAAGUUAAGCCUGAAACUUCCAAAAAGGCAAAGGAUCCCAUUAUUAAUGAUUUGGCUCAAGUGGGACAAAGCUGUUGUUUCUUUUAUCCCCUCUUUCUCUUCCUCUCAACUCAUCCAUGGUUCCUUCUCUUGGGGGCUGCUUCUUUUGAGCUAUCUGUUGUCUAUGCCUCCAAUAAUGUGAAUGACAGGAAAGUUCUUUGGGAUGAUAUCCGGAAUGUUGCCCCUUCUAUUGACCUUCCUUGGAUCAUUUUGGGUGAUUUUAAUUGUUAUCGUUUUGAUUAUGAAAAAGCUGGGGGAAAUAAUCCGACUCAAAGCUCUCUGGGGGAACUCUACAAAUGUGUUUUCAACUGUGGUCUUCAGGACCUUGCUUCGGUUGGCCUUUUCUACACCUGGUUUAAUCAGAGGGUGGACAUGACCAUUCAUAUCAAACUGGAUAGGAUGAUGAUUCCUAAGGACUUGGUGCAAGCAUUUUCGAAACGUCAUGAGAAUAGUCCUAUAUCUGAUUUCUAUCAGAGCCUUAGGCAUCUUAAGAAUGCUCUUAAAAAGAAAAACUGGUCUUCCUCCAAUUUUCUUAGUAAUGCUAUCAAGGAUUUGAAAUAUUCUCAAAAUUGUUGUCUAGAAGAGAUUCAAUCUAAUCCUUUGAACCCGGUUUUGAACAAUUCUCUUAAAGAGAUUAAUGAACAAUUGGCUAAUAUUCAAUCUGCUUGGUCGGCUUGGAUUUCUCAGCGUGCUAAGACUUAUUGGCUUUUGAAGGGUGAAGAUGACUUGGAUUUUUUAUUUGCUAAGAUUAAGGCUAGAAGCAACAGAAAUUUUCUUAGGGAAAUUACUACUGAAAAUGGCUCCUUCACUACUCAUUCAAAUAUCUCUUUAGCAAUUACUAAUCAUUUCAAGGUUUUAUUUAACUCCCCGAUCUCUAUGGGGUGGGAGGAUGUUCAUAUUCCUGUUGGUAAGACGGUUCCUGCUGAGCUUUACCCUAUGCUUCUCAAUUUGGUGAUGGAUGAGGAGAUUAAGAAAGUUGUUUUUUCUGGUAAAUCGGAUGCUGCUCCUGGGCCGGAUGGUUACUCUUUUGAGUUUUAUAAGAAAACUUGGCAUGUGAUUGGUUCUAUUUUUUGUAGGGCUGUUAAAUGGUUUUUUUCCAAUGCUUAUCUUCUUAGAGCCACUAAAGCUACUGCCAUUGCCUUAAUUCCAAAAAAUACACAUGCUUCUCAUAUUUCGGAUUACAGGCCCAUUUCCCUUUGCAAUGUGUUCUACAAAGUGGUUGCCAAGUUGCUUGCUAAUAGGCUUAAAGAGGUGCUUCCUCUUAUAAUUCAUGAAAGUCAAGUAGGGUUUAUUGGCAAGCGUUGUGCCUCUGAUAAUGUUAUUUUGGCUGCUGAGUUGUUGAGGGAGUUCAAUGCUAAUAUCAAAUUUUUCUGUGCUAAGUUGGACAUUCGGAAAGCUUUUGACUCUCUUUCUAGAGAAUUUCUGUUACACCGCUUAAAACUUAAAGGCUUUCCUGAUCACUUCAUCAAAUUGAUUAAAUGCUGUAUUUUUGAUGUGUAUUUUUCUAUCAGCAUCAAUGGUUCUCUUGAAGGCUUUUUCAAGUCCUCUUCUGGUCUUAGACAGGGUUGCCCCCUCUCCCCUCUCUUGUUUUGUAUUGCCAUGGAUGGCUUAUCUCACUGCCUUCAUCCCAAUAUUUUCCAAGGUAUCACUUGUAAUGGGGUUAGUGUUAACCACUUGAUGUAUGCUGAUGAUCUGUUAGUUUUUGGGAAAGCUGAACAUGACAAUGCCCAGUUCCUUUUACUUUCCUUAAAUCGGUUUGCUGAGGCCUCAAACCUAGCUGUUAACCCCACCAAAAGCUCUAUUAUUUUUUCAAAAAAUGUCACUGCCCCCUCUCUUAUUGCAGACCUUCUUGGCAUCCAGAACACCAAUGUCCUCCUCACCUAUCUUGGUCUUCCCAUCUCCCCAUCCAGACUCAAAUUUUCUCACUUCCAACCCCUUAUGAGCAAAAUUUCUGCUCUACUUGCGGGUUGGAAAGUUAAGUUUUUGUCUUUUGCAGGUCGGCUUCAAUUUUUAAAAUACACGAUUGCUGAUACGAUAGCCUAUUGGAUUAGAGGAGCAAUUAUACAUAAAAGAUGCAGAACUCUUAUUUCUAAGCUUUGUUCUAAGUUUUUACUACAUGGUGACACUGAAGCAAAGAAAAUGCAUUUAAUUGCUUGGAACUCUAUUACUAAGCCGAAAAUUCAUGGUGGUUUGGGAAUUCAUUCCUUUGAUGCCCUUUAUUUUGGUACUGCUGCUUCUUUCAUUUGGAAAAUAUAUAAUGUUGACAACCUGGUGGGGAAGUGGUUUAGAGCUAAUUUCCUAUCUCCAUGGAAAUCUGCUCCACCGUCCUCUUCCAACUUCUGGAAAAUGAUUUGCACUCAUGCUUUGGGUUUUAAGCAUUAUUUCUCUUUUUUUAUUGGUCCAAAUAGUAGGUUUUCUUUCCUUUGGGAUCCUUGGUUUAAUGGUAAACUAUUGGGGGAUUUUAUUUCUGAUAUUAGGCUAUCUUCUGCUGUGGUGGGAAAUUUUAUUUCUGAUGGUGCUUGGUGUUUACCUGAUGCCUUCCCUUUGGAGAUUAAAACUGAGAUUUUGAAUAUUGCCAUUUUUGAGGAGCCGGUUAUUAUGUGGGAUGGCACAAGCAUGCCUACCUUUAAGGAUUUCACUUCCAAAUUUUAUUCCAAUUUAGUGUUGGUUGACUGGCAUGAUUUUGUCUGGUUUAAAAAAGCUUCCCUUAAGUUUGCCUGUUACACUUGGAUGGCUUUGAUUGGCAAGCUUAAGUGUGCGAAUACUCUUAUCAGGAUUGGCAUUAAUGUCACUGCAGAUUGCUCCUUCUGCAAAUCUCACAGGGAGACUCUUCAGCACCUUUUUUUCGAAUGUGAUUUCUCCUUCUCUGUGUUGCUGUUAAUUCUGCCUAUUUUUAUGGAAUUUCUGUUUAGGCCAAAUCUGUUUUUGGCCUUUGAUUGGCUGAACACUACUUUCUCUUAUUCUGUUGUGGAGAAAAAUUUCUGUUUCUCGGUAUUGGCUUGUGCAAUUUAUCAUAUUUGGAGGGAGAGAAAUAAUAGGAGGUUUUCUAACUCCUGGAUGUCUCCUUAUGGGGUUAUUGAGAGUAUUAAAUCUAUUAUUAAAGUAAAGGUGAAGCAUUGGAAAAAUAUUGAUGGGAUCAAACACAAAUAUGCUGAAUUUUUUUGA